AUGACUAAAGCAACAGAGACAGGCCUUACGCUAUUCUUUUUAUCUGCAAUUUAUUUUGCUUUAUACACAGGUGUCAUUCCUUCACCUGUCAAAUUCCACGAUGAAAUAUUGCCAUUCUUACCAUGGUGGGGACUAGUUACAUUUGGUGCUUAUGCCUUAGCGACAUUAGGUUGGGGAAUUGUCACGUUCAAAGAUAAGAAGGAUAAAUACGAGGAGUUGAAAUUACAAAUUGAAGAAGCUAAAGCUUUUUACAAAUCAAAAGGAAUUGAUAUUGAUUGA